GAUUUCACAUGCCAACUCGCAUGCCUUCUGGAAUGGCCCGGCGAGCCGAUGUGUUCAGGAGUGUCCCAGCGAACCGGUGCACUUCUGCGAGUCGAACUUCUUCAUGCCUGUGGACAAGGAGGAGGGUUCAGACACCCCUCGCAGCUUUUGCGCUACUCCAGAGGAGCAUGGCAUGCCUGUGUGGAAAGACAGGAAUGCAGAUGCCUCGGGUUAUGAAGAGAAUGAGCCGAGUGUUCCUAGCUACAUCGUCCAUGGCUUGCUGGAGGCUUGGGAAGGCAAAAGCAAGAAGGACAGGCGCUUUGGGCCCUCCGAACAGAGCUUCCAUCAUGAGAUGCUGGGAUGCAAAGAUGAUGCUUAGGGCAUCUUAG